AUGCUGUCUCUCCGUGCUUUCUCCCGUGCCGCCCCGCGCUUCACACGCUCUGUCGCCCGCACUUCUCUGCGUCCGGCUGUCCUUCCCAAGACUUCCUUCGUCCAGCCUUGGAAGCAGGUCGCUAAGCCCGCCUACGCCAGCUUUUCCACAUCCAGCGUCUUCCGCGAGCCCGCGGCUGAGGGUGAUGUGGAGCUGAUCGCGAAGCUCGACGAGGAGCUCAAGCACGAGAAGGCCUCCGGUGUCGAGGAUGCCCGUGAGCAGAAGGCCAGCAUCGAUUACGUUCUCGAUGCCGGCGAGUGGAAGGUCAAGGAUGUUGAGGGCGAGCAGGAGGUUGUCCUGACCAAGAAGUUUGGCAACGAGACUGUCAAGGUUACUUUCACCGUCGCCGAUAUCAACAACCUCGCCGAGGACCCUAUGGAUGAGCUGGCCGACGAGACCCUCGGUGAUGAGGGUGAAUACCAGAACCAGCAGAACAAGGACAAGCCUAGCAACGGUGCCCUCCUGGUCCAGGCUGUCAUUCAGGACGGUGACCUCCAGAUCGAGGAGAUCGCCCACUACAGCAACGCCGAGGUUGCCAACGCCCAGACCGCUGAGAAGGACUGGACCCGCCAGAGCCUCUACGCCGGUCCCCCGGCUGAGAACCUUGACCCUGAGCUGCUCGCUUUCUGGGGCCGCUAUCUCGAGGAGCGUGGCCUCAACCUGGAGUUCCAGAACAUGGUUACCGACUACAUUGCGUACAAGGAGCAGAAGGAGUACAUGCGGUGGUUGGAGAACGUCCGCAAGUUCGUUUCUGCUUAA